CGUCUGAGACUAACAACACACAAGUCGAAAUCUGCCUCCAAAGCUCUCUUUACAAUAGCUUGAUAAACUUCUUUGCCAAGAUAAUUGAGUGUUCAAACGGCCUAAGCAUUAACAGGCAGCAUGUGGAUUCAAGUGCGAACAUUUGACGGCAAGCAGGAGCAACAGAUCAACAAUCUUAGCAAGCAAACAAAGAUUGAAGAUUUAAAGGAAAGGAUUGCUGAAGCCUUUUUAGUGGAUACUACUCAGGAGAGAUUGUUUUUCCGUGGAAAGCAGCUUGAAGAUGGACACACCUUGUUUGACUACAAUGUUGGCCUGAAUGAGAUAGUCCAGCUGAUGAUUAAAGCCCCUCCCCCUACUAAUGACAACAAUAAUAAUGAUGAUAAGAAAAGCAAUAAUGAAGAGUCUGAAGCCCUUGUCAAUGGUAGUGUUGAAAAUGGUCACUCUUCUAUGGAUGAGGACUCAGUAGAGAAUAAUUCUUCUAAAGACAAGUCUGUUAUCAAGUCAAUAUAUAAGAAAGGAGAGUUUAUUGACGCCAAGGACCCAAGCAUGGGAGCGUGGUUUGAGGCAGAAAUAGUGGAUAUUAGUCUAAAAGAUGAAAGUGAUCCAGAAUCAGUUUUAUACCACGUCAAAUAUGAUGGCUAUGAGGAAGAUGAGAUCAACAAACUUCCAGGAAGAGACAUCAGACCAAGAGCCCGCAAACGGCUGCAGUGGGACCAGCUUUCUGUUGGCCAGGUUGUCAUGGCAAACUACUGCCCAGAUGAACCAAAGGAAAGAGGCUUUUGGUACGAUGUGCAGAUUACAAAAAAACAUUCAAAACAGAUUACUCAAGGUGGGGCUGAAUCAAGGAGUGGCAGCGGGAGGGAGCUCUACGCGAAAUUAAUAUUAAGUAAUGAAGAAGACAGCCAUGCCCCUGUGGCCCAGGAAUGCAGGCUAAUUUUCCUUGAUGAGAUUUUUAAGAUUGAGGCUCCUCCUGCGUAUGAUGAAAAUGGUGAAAGAAUACAGUCAAGCAAUGAUGGCCCCUCUGUAAAACGUCAGAAUAAACCAGAUUGUAGAUUCUGCAAAGAUGACAAGAUGAAAAAAUGCAAGCAAUGUGCAUGCCACCAGUGUGGAGGUAAGGAAGACCCUGAUAAGCAGCUGCUGUGUGACGAGUGCGACAUGGCAUACCAUAUCUACUGCCUGGACCCACCUUUGGAGUCCAUACCAGACGAUGAAGAUUGGUAUUGCCCCUUGUGUAAAACAGAUGCAUCAGAGGUGGUGCAAGCUGGGGAGAAGCUUAAAGCCAGUAAAAAGAAAUCAAAAAUGGCUUCUGCUAACUCUACAUCUAACAGGGACUGGGGAAAGGGAAUGGCCUGCGUUGGACGCUCUAAGGUGUGCUCGAUCGUCCCACCCAACCACUUUGGGCCGAUUCCAGGAGUUCCUGUUGGCUCAGCUUGGAAGUUUAGAGUUCAGGCAAGUGAGUCUGGGAUUCAUCGGCCACAUGUCAGUGGUAUCCACGGGCGGGACUCAGAAGGGGCCUACUCAAUUGUGCUUGCAGGGGGCUACGAGGAUGACCUGGAUAGUGGAGAGGAGUUCAUCUAUACUGGCAGCGGAGGGCGUGACUUAUCUGGCAACAAGAGGACAGCUGAACAGUCAUGUGAUCAGAAGCUCACAAAGAUGAACAGGGCACUUGCAAGAAACUGUGCCGCACCUCUCAAUGACAAAGAAGGUGCUGAGGCAGAAGAUUGGAAAAAGGGCAAGCCUGUUAGGGUUAUUCGUAGCAGUAAACUUCGUAAACACUCCGAAUAUGCUCCAGAGGAUGGAAACAGAUAUGAUGGCAUCUACAAGGUUGUCAAGUAUUGGCCCGCAAAGGGAAAAUCUGGGUUUAUUGUUUGGAGAUAUCUAUUCAAGCGUGAUGAUAAGAGUCCGGCACCAUGGACAAAAGAAGGAAAGAAGAAUAUCGAGUCCCUUGGUCUGACAAUGGUGUACCCCGAAGGAUUCCUUGAAGCCCAGGCCAAGAAACAGGAGGAGAGUGCAGAGAAUGGCAAGAACAAGGGUAAAGGGAAGCGCAAGAGAGAUGAAGAAGUUCCAAGUCCGUCCAAAUCCCCAGUGAAGAAAAAGAAGGCGUCUCAGAUCUUAUCAGACGAACAGAAGGGUCUCAUCGCUGAGGAUAAAGAAAACGUGAAGCUUUGGGAGGAAUUGCUCACUGACACCACCCUUGAUUACACGGCAUUUCAUCAAAAAGUCGAGGAAUUGUUCGCCUGCGUCUGCUGUCAAGAUCUCGUGCUUUACCCUGUCACUACAAAGUGCCUUCACAAUAUUUGCAAGGGAUGUCUACAGCGUUCGUUUAAGGCCGAGGUAUUCACGUGCCCGUAUUGCCGCACAGAUCUUGGCAAGACUUACAAACUGAGCGUGAACUCCGCUCUAGAUGCCAUCCUCAAUGACUUGUUCCCAGGAUACUCAAAAGGCCGGUAAUACACGUGUUAACAAGAUUCGGGACUGCCUGUAGUAUACCGUCAGGUGCCGUAAGAGCAUUAUAUAUAAGUAUUGUAAAUUUAGCCCAACAUUUAUAUGAUUCAUAGCCUAACAAUUGACGUGGAAAUUUUCGCGGGCUUAUAUUUUGCGCACUGUCAUUAAAUCUCCUUUUUACUACGCGCUUUUAUUAACACUCUGGCUUUCAUUUUUUUGUAAUAUUUACAGGGAUCUUUUUCUUUUCUUUUCUCGCAAUGCAAAUUCAACGCGAAAUUAAAAAU